UUCCAGGUGUCCACAAAAUAUGAGGGGCCACCCCUCUCUGCUGCUGCUCUACCUGGGACUGAGCACCUGCCUGCAUACCUUGCCUAGGGCAGAGCAAGACCAAGAAGUCUUUCUGGACUCCCCGGAGGCCCAGAGCUUCCUGAGAAGCCACAGUCGCGUCCGGAGAGCCAAUCACUGGGACCUGGAGCUGCUCACGCCCGGGAACCUGGAGCGGGAGUGUGUGGAGGAACAGUGCUCCUGGGAGGAGGCCAGGGAGGUCUUCGAGGACAACGCUCUGACGGAGCGUUUCUGGGAGAACUACAUCUACAACGGCAAAGGGGGGCGUAGGCGUGUGGAUGUAGCAGGCCUGGCUGCAGGGCUGACAGCCGGCAUCCUGCUCGUUGUUCUGGCUGGUCUAGGAGCCUUCUGGUACCUGCGACGGCGGCACCAGCGACCCUGUCCCCAGGAGGCCCAUCUCAUCAGCCCUCUGAGCCCCCUGAGCUCUCUGGGCCCACCGACGCCCCUGCCUCCACCCCCACCUCCUGGUCUCCCCACCUAUGAGCAGGCACUGGCUGCCUCUGGGGUCCACGACGCGCCUCCACCCCCAUACACCAGCCUCCGGAGGCCUCGCUGAAGAACCCCUCGGAGCCGGGGUUCCCCGACUCGUGCCCCAGAUUCGCACCGGGUUCCGGAAGCGUCCAG